UGUCGCAAAGGCUAAGCCUUUUCUGCCCAUUGCUUUCUUCCCUCUCUCUCUCUCCUCUCUCUCCGUUUUCAUGCCAUCGCAAUGGCGACGAAGCUCCUCUCACCGCCGUUAUCAUGUCCGUUAAUUCCCUCAAGAGACGCAAUUAGAAGCUUUCAACGGCGGCGGCGGUCGUUGUUUCGGCGGAAUCAAACCGGAGGUUUCUGCGUCGCCGCCGUCAUGACGGAGGAGACUUCCCUCUUCGCUGCCUCUUCGGUGGUUCAGCUGCAGCAGUGGUGGCAUCAGAACCCUGAUUCCGUACUAUUAAUGGCGGAGACCGGGGGUUACUCGCUCGCCAGCUACUACACGUCUCUGGGUCUGUUCGUGAUAUCAGUUCCAGGUCUCUGGUCACUCAUCAAGCGCUCCGUCAAGUCCAAGGUAGUGCGGAAAACGUUUGUAACUGAAGGCGGAGGAAUAAGGAAGGAGCCGAAGCAGGUUGCAGGGGAGAUACUCUCCUUCUUCACACGCAACAAUUUCGAAGUCACUGAUCGAGGAGAGACAAUCACGUUCGAGGGAAUGAUGGUUCCAAGCAGGGGACAAGCGGCUCUGUUAACAUUCUGCACAUGCAUAAGCUUAGCGAGUGUGGCGCUUGUUCUCACCAUCACUCUUCCUGAUGUGGGCAACAACUGGUUCUUCAUCACCCUCCUCAGUCCACUCGCAGGGGUGUAUUACUGGACGAAAGCAUCGAGGAAGGAACAGGUCAAAGUGAAGAUGGUCGUGGGAGAGGAUGGGACAUUGGCAGAGGUUGUGGUUCAAGGAGAUGAUCAACAGGUUGAGCAGAUGAGGAAGGAUCUCAAGCUUAGUGAGAAAGGCAUGGUUUAUGUCAAAGGCCUCCUCGAGAGAUUGUAAUGACCAAACUCACAUCAACCAUUCUGUUUUUUCAGUAAAAGGAUCCAAAUUUUAAUGUAAAAGAUGAUGCAUCUGACCACCAAAGGACAGGAUUUAGGGUAACUAUUAGACAGAGCCUCUGUUCCAUCAGAUCACCUGCUUCUUCUUAGAUUGCUGUACACUUUGGUUUGCUCCUGGCGAUAUGCCAUUGCCCUUUCUCUGCAUUGCUGCAAGAAAAGAGAUACAUGUUCAGUGUC